CCCUUGUCGCCAGUACAUCAUGAGACACCACAAGUGUAAGGUCUUCGGUCGUGGAAUGAAGAAGCACGGGGGAGGACCAAAGGGUUUUGGUCCUUGUAUGAUUGGUCCCUGUGACUUUGGUCCUGAAUUUGAGGGUUGCAAACGCGGCCAUGGAAAGCCUCAUAAACGGGGACAUGAUCAUGGACACCGCCAUGGCCACUGGCAUCAUGGAGCUGAGGGGCACGGGCAUAUGAGUCAUCACCAUGGCUUUCAUGGACCACACGGUCAUGGACCACAUGGCCACGGAAAACAUGGUCACCACGGACCUCUAGGUCAUCGUCAUGGUGGUCCUGGUCAUCACGGACCACAUGGUCAUAAAGGACCACAUGGUCAUAAAGGACUGCAUGGUCAUAAAGGACCGCAUGGCCACGGACUAGGCCAUCAUCAUGGGCAUGGUCAUCACCAUGGUGGUCCUCAUCAUGGACCAGAAAAGCGUUGCAGCAGACGCGGUCAAGGCAAACUCUUCAAGAAUUUGUCCAAGGAGGAACUCCUGAUGGUUCUGAUAAGUGCGAUAGAAGAUGCUCCCAAGGUCACAGAAGAGUCGCAGAAGGAAGACUGUCAGGAGUGUACCAAUGAGCAGGAACAGGGAACAGAGGAAUCUUCUGCCCAAGCUGGUGACUGUCAGGAGUGUACCAAUGAGCAACAGGAAAAAGAACAGUCUUCUGGCCAAGCUGGUGAUUGUCAGGCGUGUACCAAUGCUGAGAAGGGCGGUGAUGAGGCAAUGGAGCCCGAACCAGAAAAAGUGUAAAAGAUACACUGAGCUGUAAAAUGAAGGCUUCAACCUCAGCGCCAAAUGAUACUUGACAAACAGCGUGAAAAAUUGAGAUAAGAAAUACAAAAAAAAAUAGCGCUAUAAUUAUCUAUUUUAAAUAUUUG